UUAAUUAAUUAUAUUGCUCUUGAUUAAUUCAAGCUUCAAAAAUUCAUAUCCAAAAUUUCAUUGCUCUUGAUAUGUAUGGUGUUAUGCCAUAGAAGUCAGAACCAGAGAACAAGAUAGGUUGGUUUGAAUGAUCUUUUGGGGGUGGUGAGUACUGGGUCGGAUCCAAAUCUCUCGAUCUUAAAUCCGAUGGCCGGCGCCGCCUCGGCGCUUUUUCUGUUGGACAUCAAAGGACGAGUUUUGAUUUGGCGCGACUACCGUGGCGAUGUCUCUGCUGUUCAGGCUGAACGCUUCUUCACCAAGUUCAUCGAAAAAGAGGGCGAUCCGCAGUCGCAAGAUCCAGUGGUGUACGACAAUGGAGUCAGCUACAUGUUUGUACAGCACAACAAUAUCUACUUGAUGAUUGCAUCGAGGCAGAACUGCAAUGCUGCUAGCUUGCUGCUGUUUCUGCACCGCGUAAUCGAUGUGUUUAAGCACUAUUUUGAAGAGCUUGAAGAAGAAUCGCUAAGAGACAACUUUGUCGUUGUGUAUGAGUUACUCGACGAGAUUAUGGACUUUGGUUUCCCGCAAUUCACUGAAGCGAAGAUUCUUAAUGAGUUUAUCAAGACCGAUGCUUACAGGAUGGAGGUGACACAACGUCCUCCCAUGGCCGUUACAAAUGCAGUGUCUUGGCGCAGUGAAGGGAUACAGUUCAAGAAGAACGAAGUCUUUUUGGAUGUGGUGGAAAGCGUGAACAUACUUGUCAACAGCAACGGACAAAUUAUACGAUCAGAUGUCGUAGGAGCCCUAAAGAUGAGAACAUAUUUGAGUGGUAUGCCCGAGUGUAAGCUUGGAUUGAAUGAUAGAGUGCUGCUAGAGGCGCAAGGUCGAACAACGAAAGGAAAAUCAAUUGAUCUGGAUGAUAUUAAGUUCCAUCAGUGUGUGCGUUUGGCUCGAUUUGAGAAUGACCGGACUAUAUCCUUCAUACCCCCUGAUGGAGCAUUUGAUCUGAUGACGUACAGACUCAGUACUCAGGUGAAGCCUCUUAUCUGGGUGGAAGCACAAGUUGAAAAUCAUUCUAGGAGUCGUAUUGAAUUCACGGUAAAAGCAAGGAGCCAGUAUAAGGAGCGCAGCACGGCUACAAAUGUCGAAAUUGAGUUGCCUGUGCCCGCAGAUGCUACAAAUCCUAAUGUCCGGACAUCAAUGGGAUCUGCUGCAUAUGCUCCUGAAAGAGAUGCUUUGGUCUGGAAAGUUAAGUCUUUUCCCGGUAAUAAGGAAUACAUGUUGAGAGCUGAGUUUAUGCUCCCUAGUAUAACUGCUGAAGAAGCGGUUCCCGAAAGAAGAGCUCCUAUUCGAGUGAAGUUUGAGAUACCGUACUUUACUGUCUCGGGAAUUCAGGUCCGAUACCUAAAGAUCAUCGAGAAAAGUGGCUACCAAGCUCUUCCAUGGGUGAGGUACAUAACAAUGGCUGGCGAGUACGAACUGAGACUAAUGUAAACGCAACUUACGUAUCGUGCUGCAUUCAAUCGCGUAAAUAGAAUACACUGCGUGGAGAGUUUUCCUUCGAUACUUCUGCUGUUACCAGUACAGUCCCGUAUCCGGUGAUCUUUCUUCCAAAAAUACACAGCAUCGAUGUUAUUAGUUUCUUCAAUCAAUUUGUGUUUUGUCCAUCAUUUUUGUUACAAUCGAUAGCAGGAGAUUUUGUUUCGGACCCGAAACUUGCUUUCAUACAGAAGGUUAUACGCCGUGGCGAAGAGUUGUGUUUUUGACUCAGUAAUUUUAUUUUUGUCAUGCUUGAAUUAUAAAUGAAAGGCUCUUAUUUACUUUCA